GAUUCCAUCGUCGACGCCGAUAAUAAUUCCUCUACGGCGUCGGUCACCUCGAGCAUCCUCGAGUACAGGACGAUACAUGGUAGAACCUACAACAGCGAACAAGGAAAUGCGCAAUACUGGUCACUGCCUCCCUCCCACCAUAUCCUUACACUUGGUCUUGGAAAUAAACUCCAUCUGGCACCGUUGGAGAAAGACAAGGUCCAUCGAGCCAUCGAUAUUGGUUGUGGAACUGGUAUCUGGGCUAUAGACUUUGCCGAUGACUACCCUAACGCGGAAAUCACUGGAACGGAUAUUUCCCCAAUUCAGCCUUCCUGGGUGCCUCCUAACUUGCAGUUUGAAAUCGAAGACUGUACCCGAGAAUGGACCUUCAAGUCCAACUCUACUGAUUACGUCCAUAUGAGGUGGCUAAUGGGCAGCAUCAGAGACUGGGACUUCCUCUCCUCCGAGGCAUUCAGGGUUUGCAAGCCCGGUGGGUGGGUCGAAAGUCACGAAGCUUCCUCCAACAUCGACAGUGACGACAACACGGUCGACGGAAAUUCCGCUAUGGGGCAGUGGGGAAAGCUUUUCAUUGAAGGCAGCAAGAAGAUAGGAACAAGCUUCACCGUGGUCGAGGACGGCACGCAGAGGAAGGCCUUGGAGAAAGCCGGCUUUAUCAACAUUCAGGAAUUCGACUUCAAGAAUCCUAUUGGCGGCUGGUCUUCGGAUCCGACUGAGAAAGAAAUGGGCCCAUACACCAAAUAUGGUCUCGAGACGGAUACGGAAGGCUUCGUAUUGUUCAUGGCUCAUACCCUGGGUUGGUCGAGAGAUGAGAUUCAGCUCUAUAUCGAUCAGUUUCGACGCGAGUUGCGUUCUGAGAAACACCACGGGUACUUCAAGCAGAAGGUCGUUUGGGGCCAGAAACCUGACACCUCGAGUGCUCACUAG